AUGGAAGAUCACUCUGUUUCAUCUGAAGAUGAUGAUGACCUAAUCGAACCAGCAGACGAGGUGAUCAUCUCAUAUUAUCUGAAAAUGAUGAUGAACAACGGCAAAUCCUGGCCUAACCACUUCCUCCGAGACGAAUAUGCACACAUGUACAACCUGAAUCCUAACUACUUCGUCAAAACUCAGAGCCCUAACUACUUCGUCUUCGUUGCUGGAGAAUCAUGGCUCACCACCUUUCCUGCAAAGCGAGCAAGUGUACGGCAUGGAGCCAUGGAGGAUUAUGUUGCCUCUUCAUACCCUUUCGUCUUAUACAUGGGACACUACUUCUUCGUUAACAAGAUAGAGACUAGUGGUAGAACCGAUGGGUGCCAUGGCGGUUGCUGGAGGAUGAUAAGACAUGAUAAAGCGAUCAUCUCGACGAGGACGAAAGAGGUUCUUGGAUUCAAGAGGUUUUACCAUUUCUAUCACAGCGAGAAACCAAAAUUUGCAAAACCGGCUUUCAAGUCUGAAGAAGAUGAGGUUAAGGUGACUUGGGCAGCUCUUAGUUCCCUUAUGCAUCUCGUGUCUAAAGAAACCAGAAAAGCGAUUCCAGUAGUUUUCUUUGCAGGUGAGCAGUUUCAGACUCCUACUACACCUAUCCCUGAGCUAGAUCGGAGCAGGAACGAAGUUUUGCAGGUAUCUGUUGCUUCAGAUCGAGACGAAAAGCCCACGCCACAGGAGAAAUUCUUUGAACAUAUGGUCGAUCCUUCUCGGUUAUGGAUAAACGACAAUGAACUUUCUCCACUGCAGCUAAGACAUGAUUGUGUAAUUCUGCCUGCCUCAAGUAAAGAUGAUAGCGAAGAGAAACGCUCCGCUUGUUCUGCUGGGGCUGAACGUGUAUGGGAGCCUGGUGGGUUACCGAUUAAGGCAGCUAGGUGUGACUGGCUAGAUGAGUAUCAAGGUAAAGGAGAUAUGUUGCAGUUUAAGCCAAAGAUAAGUGGGGCGAAUACAAAGACCUUAUCUCUACUUAUAGAAGUACUUAAGAUCAAAUUCCAGAGUGAUGAUGUCCUAUCUUUCCAUGAUGGAAUAUUGGUGAUCAGAAGACUGUUGAGUUCAGGGGUGUAUAAUCGAGUUUGGGAACCAGGGGAACAUUUGACUCUACUGAUUGCAUUGCUUGUGGAGCAUUGCUUUGAGGAGCAAGAGAAUUGUAGUAUUCAUGGAAGUUUUGAUGAUACUAUAGCUGUAACUUUUGAUCCAGGAGGAGUUUUUCAAGAGAAAGGAAUCAGCUCAGCUAAUCCUGUUAGAGAGAGCACCCUUCAGUCCAUUGUCAGAUCUCAUUCAGAUGGGUUUAAAAUACAGUUUAAGCUAAUUAGUGAUCAAGCACAAGAGUUUCUCACUUAUGGGGCGUUCCAUUUGCAAAAGCCACCUGAGCUAUCUACAAUAAGGGAAGAUGUCACGUUCAGAGAUGGUGAUGACUAUUGUCACGAUGAAAUGCAGGCCUACAGUAAAACUCUUUGGUUCACCUUAGCGGAUACAAUUGUGGAGAAAUAUCAGAGGAAAAUCCUAGAUAAUGAAAGGGUGACAGUGAUAUCAGAUCCUAAUGAUGGCCGCUUGCUGAACUUUGUGGAAGCAUGGAUACACUGUGAGUGUAAAGACCAGGGGGUGACACUAAAUUUUGAUGAUUCCAAGGGGUUUCAUGGCUACUUGAUGGAUGAAUCAACACAGGAAGCAAAUAAGGUUUUAAAAGGUAUGAUUAUUCACAAACUUGUGUGGCUGAAGCAUACAGUUUUCCAGAAUAAUAGUGAAGACGACUUGGUGAUCUUGGGGUACAAAUGGCUCUUAAAACUAGGCGAGACCUUGAUCAAUGGGAAGGACAAAACCAUGUCCUUCUACUGUGAUGCUAGAUGGGUGUCUAUUAGCGGCACAAAGAUAACUUUGAAGAGUGAUAUUGCUCUACAAGAAGAGAUCCACUUAGUCAAACACCAAGAGUUCAAAACAGAGUAUGGGAUCACGGUGAAUAGCAAGCUAGAAGGUUCAGCAGAGAAAAGGAGAACUCAGCAACAACUCGAGUGCUAUCACAAGGAGUCUAUGGUUCACACUCUUACUCAACUCUGCUUGAUCGUGGCAAUUGUGUCAGGAGCCAUAGCAGGUGCGCAGGCGGAGUGUAUGAUGUUGCAGAUCGAAUCUUAUAGGAGGUAUGAAUCUGACCUGGGAAUGAGAGACAGUAUUGCUCCUUCACGGGCAUGUAUGGAUAAGAGAGCUAAGGUUAAGGUCAUUGUUAGUAAGGUUUUUGUUGUUACUGCGAAAGCCUUUACAAUGAGAAUCGUUAUGUUGGAUCUCGCCUCAUCAAAGAUAGUGAAUGUCGAAGAGUACCCUGCUGGGAACAUGGAAGAUGGCGUGUCCGGAACCUAUCAGCAAGGUAAAGUGAUUUGCAGGAUUAGGGUUCUCUUCGCAGAAGCACUAGAUUACUGGAAUCGAUUUGAAAAGGAGGAUGCA